AUGCAGAGAAGAUGGAUCCAUCCCUCCCUCAUCUCGCUCAUCUCCCUCACCUCCCUCAUCUCGCUCACCUCCCUCACCUUCCUCACCUUCCUCAUCUCGCUCAUCUCCCUCACCUUCCUCACCUCCCUCAUCUCGCUCAUCUCGCUCACCUCCCUCAUCUCGCUCAUCUCGCUCAUCUCCCUCACCUUCCUCACCUCGCUCAUCUCGCUCAUCUCGCUCACCUCCCUCAUCUCGCUCAUCUCCCUCACCUCCCUCAUCUCGCUCACCUCCCUCACCUUCCUCAUCUCGCUCAUCUCGCUCAUCUCCCUCACCUUCCUCACCUCACUCAUCUCGCUCACCUCCCUCAUCUCGCUCAUCUCCCUCACCUUCCUCACCUCCCUCAUCUCGCUCACCUCCCUCAUCUCGCUCAUCUCCCUCACCUUCCUCACCUCGCUCAUCUCGCUCAUCUCGCUCACCUCCCUCAUCUCGCUCACCUCCCUCACCUCGCUCAUCUCCCUCAUCUCGCUCACCUCCCUCAUCUCGCUCAUCUCCCUCAUCUCGCUCAUCUCCCUCACCUCCCUCAUCUCGCUCAUCUCGCUCAUCUCCCUCACCUUCCUCACCUCGCUCAUCUCCCUCAUCUCGCUCAUCUCGCUCACCUCCCUCACCUUCCUCACCUCGCUCAUCUCGCUCAUCUCCCUCACCUUCCUCACCUCCCUCAUCUCGCUCACCUCCCUCAUCUCGCUCAUCUCCCUCACCUUCCUCACCUCGCUCACCUCCCUCACCUUCCUCACCUCCCUCAUCUCGCUCAUCUCCCUCACCUUCCUCACCUCCCUCAUCUCGCUCAUCUCCCUCACCUUCCUCACCUCGCUCAUCUCGCUCAUCUCGCUCACCUCCCUCAUCUCGCUCACCUCCCUCACCUCGCUCAUCUCCCUCAUCUCGCUCACCUCCCUCAUCUCGCUCAUCUCCCUCAUCUCGCUCAUCUCCCUCAUCUCGCUCAUCUCCCUCACCUCCCUCAUCUCGCUCAUCUCCCUCAUCUCGCUCAUCUCCCUCACCUUCCUCACCUCGCUCACCUCCCUCACCUUCCUCACCUCCCUCAUCUCGCUCAUCUCCCUCACCUUCCUCACCUCCCUCAUCUCGCUCAUCUCCCUCACCUUCCUCACCUCGCUCAUCUCCCUCAUCUCGCUCACCUCCCUCAUCUCGCUCAUCUCCCUCAUCUCGCUCAUCUCCCUCACCUCCCUCAUCUCGCUCAUCUCCCUCAUCUCGCUCAUCUCCCUCACCUUCCUCACCUCGCUCAUCUCGCUCAUCUCGCUCACCUCCCUCAUCUCGCUCAUCUCGCUCACCUCCCUCACCUCCCUCACCUCGCUCAUCUCGCUCAUCUCGCUCAUCUCGCUCACCUCCCUCAUCUCGCUCACCUCCCUCAUCUCGCUCACCUCCCUCAUCUCGCUCAUCUCGCUCAUCUCGCUCAUCUCGCUCAUCUCGCUCAUCUCGCUCAUCUCGCUCAUCUCGCUCAUCUCCCUCAUCUCCCUCAUCUCCCUCAUCUCCCUCACCUCCCUCAUCUCAACAACUGAAUAA